AUGGUGUCUCUGUCUUGUUUGGCUGGACCUGACAGGCAGAGCAGCAGCAAGAUGGAUGUUUUAGCUGCUCUGGAUUCCCUCUCCACACUGGAUGCCAUCAUUUCAGACAGCAGGUAUGAAAGUGGCUCCAUCAGCCAUGAUGAAGACAAUGAUGACAGUCAACUUCCCACUGAACACUACCUGGCUUUAGCAGAGAGUCUUGAUAUCACUCAGCUUCAACAGAAGCAGUACAGCCCCAAAACCCAGGAAAAACUCAAUGAGACCUGUGAUUACUGGGAGAGCACAUCAAGACUAACAUGGAGUGGCAAUGGGAGUGAACCUCUGAUUCAGAGAAGAUGGUUCAUUUCCUGCAUUAAAUGCAAAAGCUUGCUGGAGACAUUUUGGAAGUGGUGGCACCUUGUCCUCAAACAGGAAAUAGCAUCAGGACUCAACAAAGAUACAAUUGUCAAGGUGGAAGAUGUUGUUGCACAGGUGACCACAGAAAACAAGCUGACUCUUGUCAGACAGCCAAAGAAGAACAUGAAUGAGUUUAAGAUUCCAGAAAUCAUCUUUGACCCAACUCUGGUUCUCAGCCCCCAUAUCUGUCUGCUGACUAUGCUCUUUCACAUUGGAGGAUUCAAGUCAAUUUCAACAACUGGACCAGUGUUGGAUUCUGCAGAGAAACUCUACAGCACCAAAGUGCUGGAUGGCAAGGGACAGCAGCCACUGCUACUGAAGGAUGAAUUACUGGAUAAGUUUGUGUUUUGCCAGACAGAGCUAACAUCCACUGGAUUUAAAAUUUGCCUGGAUAAGAGGAUGACUCCAUCCAUGGUGAGUUCCUGGAUGCGCCAGGCCGGUGAGAUCAUGGGCUUUGAGGAGGUCGCCCACCCGUACAACCUCCGCUAUGCUGGAGCUAAGGCAUUUAACAACAGCGAGGAAGUAUCAGAGGCUCUUCAGAACAUCAUGCUCCAACACGCGGAUAUUCGCACCUUCGUCAAGCAUUAUCAGGUGGACGUCGACAUUGACGCGCAGGGAAUAGUCCGGAAAACAGGCUCCCAAACAGAAUUGGUGCGAUUUGCCUGCUCAAUGAGUGCAUCAAUCGACCCCAACCGACCGUUUAAGCUCUCUCCAGAAGAAUCAAGGUCCCUCAAAUACCUUCCAGUUGUCCUUGGCCGGCAGGAUACUGUUCAGAAGCGCAAGCGGGAAUUGGAUGACUGUGAAGCUGAGUUAGAACGUGCCAACAAGGUGUGCAAGACUGCUUUAGGGCAUCUUGACGACAGAGUACUCGCUGAGUCCAACCCCGAGGUGCUGGAGAGACUGGAGGUUUUCCGUGAUCGGACAGCAGAAGCAAAGUCGGUGUACAACAGCGCUGUCCGUGAGCUGCGUAAUGAGAAGCAGCGGCAGCGGAACCGACGGAUCCGUGAGAACCUUGAGCGCUAUAAGAAUGAGCAACCUGUGAUUGACCUUGAACGACAACUGGCCGGGAAGCUGGUGGAUACCAAAGUCAUGGACACUUUCGAGCACGAGGCCUUCAUGCCUCUGGAGCACUUGAUGUUUGUUGACUGCAUGCUGACCUUGCCGGGUGCUAGUCUUGAAGCGGAAUAUCAGCGGAGGAUCAACACAAUCAACGCAGGGGUCGCAUUCUGUGGCGUGGAGGAAGGGCGGCCCUCGCGCCGGCCCGCGGUCGAUGAUGACCCUUAUCCUCCAACCAAGCGGCAGAGGUGCUUGGUAAAGGAUAACACCGAGGUCCUCUUGCACCAAGCAAUGGAGUCUGUGCAGGCCAAGUCCACAGCUGAACAGCCUCAGGCUUGCUUUCAGCCUUGUGUUUGCUUUCUCUGCGUUGGGAAUCCUAGUUGCUCGCUGGAGUGCCGCAUUAAAAAAUACGCAACACCCGGAUCACUUACAAGGCAUUUUCUACGAAGGCAUAUCAACCCUUCAUGGCCGGCCGCUGGGGUUGAGUGCAAUGUUUGUGAGGGGAAGGUGCUCCCGGCCAAAUCUGCUCUUCUCAACCAUGCAGAGGAGGCCCAUGGAACUGUUGUGCGGGGUCGCGCUCGGGAGAAACUGGCAUUAGAAUAUCAACAGAGCCUAGAGAACUAG